AUGCAAUUUGUGGGAAAAGAGGUGAAAUAUUUAGGCCACCUCAUUAGCGAAGGUAGCAAGAAACUGGAUCCAGCCCGAAUUUCCGGAAUACUCCAGAUUCAGCUCCCCAAGACUAAGAGAGAAUUGCGGAAAUUCCUGGGGCUGGUGGGCUGGUGUGUGGACAGAGGGGUGGCUCUGGGAGUGUUAGCCCAACAAUGGGGGAGGCAGUGGAGGCCGGUGGCUUUUCUUUCCAAGAUCUUAGAUCCAGUGGCUCAAGGGUGGCCUACCUGUGUGCAGGCUGUGGCCGCCAUGGCCAUCAUGGUAGAAGAGAGCCGAAAACUGACAUUUGGGGGCAGCCUGGUUGAUCUACAGGAGUCUCCCAUCCCUGACAGUGUCAAUUUGUUUAUAGAUGGCUCUUCCCGAGUGGUGGAAGGGAAACGGAGAAAUGGCUAUGCAAUUAUCGAUGGAGACAAAACGGCUGUGGUAGACCUGGGUGAACUUCCCAAUCCUUGGUCAGCUCAGACCUGCGAAUUAUAUGCACUAAGUCGGGUCCUGAAACUCCUGAAAGGCAGAGAAGGGAAUAUCUAUACAGACUCCAAGUAUGCCUGGGGAGUCAUACAUGUAUUAGGAAAAAUUUGGGAGGAAAGAGGCAUGAUCAAUAGCCAGGAAAAAGAGUCAGCCCACACCACUCUAUUACAACAGGUACUGAAGGAUUUACAUCUACCCAAAGCCCUGGCUGUAGUACAUGUAAAUGGCCACCAAAAGGGAAGCUCUUUCGAGGCUAGAGGGAACCGUCUGGCCGACAAGGAGGCAAGAAGGGCUGGAGAACUCGGGCAAAGAAUAACUGACCCUAUAUUGGUCCUGAUUCCUACGUUUCCUUCUAAUUUGAAGCCUGUAUCCCUAUCAGAGAAAGAGGCAAAGGGGGCCCAAGAUUUGGGAGCCCAGAAGGAUGAGCAGGGGAAGUGGGUUCUCCCAGAUGGAAGGGAGGUCCUUAAUGAAGCCACAACAAGACAGGUAUUACAGCACCUGCACCAAGGUAGCCAUUGAGAUGUCCAGAACCUGUGCGAUGUGGUACUGGUAAAGUACACCUGUCCUGGU